CUUCUAUCUCACUACCUUCACCCCCCUCCUCUCAGUUCAGCAUGCCUGCCAUCUGUCUCCCUCUCCGGUGUCGCUUUCCCUUUGGCCCUGGUUUCCUUGUAGCCUCCAGUAAUGGUACUACAUAGAGCUAUCCAGGCAGCCCGAGCUGGGGAACUUUCAACCUUGAAGGAACUUGCAUCUUGUGGACAUCUUUCUACUGCAAUUGUAGAUGCACAAGGGGCUGGGCCGGUCCACCAUGCUGCGAGAUGUGGACAGUUUGAGUGUCUUCAGUAUCUUGUCAAUGAAUUUGGUCUUCAAGGUGAUGCCCGGGCUUUGAAUCUUGCCACGCCAGGGCACGAUGCAGCUGCGACUGGACAUGCAAGAGAGCUACAGUGGUUAAUAGAACAAGGAGGAUGUCAUAUAGAGGACAGAGAUGCAGCGGGUGCGUCCGCCCUGCACCUGUCUGCUCGGUUCGGGUGUGUGGAUGUGACCCAGUGGCUCCUGUCGGCAGGUGCAGAAGCAGAGGCCGAGUCCCACUGUGGGGCAUUACCUGCUCACUACGCCGCAGCCAAUGGAGACCUCACCUGUUUAAAACUACUUAUUCAACAGGCACCCAGGACAGUGAAUUGUCAGACAGGCUUGGGUGCCACUCCUCUGUACUUGGCCUGUCAGGAGGGACAUCAGCCCAUAGUUCAGUUUCUGGUGGAGGAAUGUGGAGCAGACGUGAACCUCAGGGCCUAUGAUGGGAUGAGCUGCAUGCACGCUGCUGCUCACCUGGGGCACCGCGACAUCGUGCUGUGGCUGGUGACCUGUACCGAUGUGGACCUCUGCGCUCAGGACAGAGAAGGUGCCACUGCCCUACAUUUUGCUGCCAGCAGGGGGCACUAUUGUAUCUUGGAGAGGCUGCUACAUGUGGGCUCAAAGGUCAUGAAAGAUUACUGGGGAGGGACUCCACUCCAUGAUGCUGCAGAGAAUGGAGAGCUUGAGUGCUGUAAGCUGCUGCUGACCCAUAGAGCAGACCCCACAGAGAAGGACGUAGAUGGCUUCACUGCUGCAGACCUGGCAGAGUACAACGGCCACAGCGAAUGUGCCAGAUAUCUGCGCUUCACAGAAAGCAAAGCCUCGUGCACUGAUAAACCCGUUGAAGUCACUACUCCAUCAGAAGAGGAAGUGAAGUCCAAGCCAGUUUCAGUGCAGCAAAGCAGAGCAGACUACUACGGCUCCCUUGGAAACACAUGUGGCAACAAUAACACUAACAACAAACCCAUGGAUAGUUUAAAGCAACCUGAGAGUGAGGACUCCCCCCAGGCCAGGUACCCCCAGUCCUCUGCUGGUUCUGCUGAUUCUGGGAGCGUUGUGCUCGAGAAAACAUUUUCCAACAAAAUUGAGCAGGUUCAAUUUUCCACAGCUGUUAUUAAAGGUUUUAAUCUGCCCAAAAGUGAUGGGAGUGAGAAGACUGUUCCGGAUAAGCGCCCUGAUGCGUGCCUUCUGGGGGGAAACAAACUCCUUGGAAAGUCUAUCACUUCCCUCAAGCAAUCUGGGCUGUCAGGAGCCUUCACUGGACAAGCUAAUAAGAUGGUAGUCCUGCCCACCGAGGAGGCUAACCUGUCUGAUAUCGACUACCUGGUGCCCACCCACGAUGAGAGGGGACGUCCCAUCGCAGAGUGGAAGAGACAGGUGAUGGUUCGACAGCUGCAGGCAAGGCUGCUUGACGAGGAGGACCAGAGGAGGAAGGAAAACGGGAACAAAUUUGCCAAAGUAACCUGGAGGUUCUCCCAAGCCCACAAUGCCAUCCUGGGUCCCUCUGGUGAACUGCUGACCGAGGAUGACCUAAUUUAUCUGGAACAACAAAUUGCCAAUGUUUCAAUGCAGAGAAACUGUGCCGGUUAUGAGCUGGAGCUAGCCCGACUUGCAGAAGAGCUACGUCACAUCCUGCCAGCCCCCAUCGUCAACAUCACUGUCAACACCCAAUUCAGAAACUUCCCCAGUCAAAUCCCUUUACCUGUAUGGUGUGGCCGAAUUUCAGGCAUUGUCCAAAGCAUGUCCCUUCUUAUGACCAAUUUAACAGACCAGCCGUACUGCAAAAUGCCUAAUACUGAACUUACCACUGUGUUCUCUCAAACAUCAGACAGGCAGAACUCUACUAGGGGGCGAAGAGAGAGCAGAGAGAGGGUUGAAGGUGAAAUUCAACAGUUUGGCGUUUCUGUGAGGAACCUAAAGUCAAAUUUUGAGACACAAACAAAAAUAGAAGAGGUGAUAACGGAAAAAACAGAGCAACAGGAGAAACAGCCCAUUAUAGGAACUAGCUGCUCACUACUCCAAGCGUCUCAGUUCAGAAUACUCCCAAAAGCACUUAGUGCAUGCCCCGAAAUGGAUCAAAAUAGUGACUCUGGGAUUGACCAAGACGACAAUCUCUCUGAUGUGCAAGAAACAAAUAGCCUGAGGAAGGAGCGUAUUGUAGUGCUGUUCUUGGGUCAUUGGAAGAAGUCGGCCUACACCGUAGCGGAAAAAAAUAAGGAUACAGAGGAGAGGAAAAACGAUGCAGGGAACUUGACCAUUGAUGAUAAGACUGCUCUGAGUCGCAGUGGAAGCAUGGAGAACACAAAGAUAAUGAACAGUUCACUAGGGCACUUCUUCCAGCAGAGGAGAGCCGUCAACAAGAUGCUCGGAAGCUGGAGGAACAUGAUCUCCAGUGUCCCGUCCAGGCAGAUUCGCAGACUUCACAAGCAGCAGGCCCUGUACUCUCCAGAACAGUUCUUACCCCGAGUGGACGGCGUUCCCGUGGAGUACGACAAACUGACCCUUGACCUCUUCAUGCUAGGCUACUUCCACAUCCUGGAGCUGGAGUUACCUGUGGAUGAGCGUAAAAUGAGGCACCUUCUCUGUUUUGAGGUGUUUGAUCACGUGGGCAGUUUUCCCUGGGAGACAGUCCGGGACUUCCACAAAGCUGUCAUUCAGGAGAUAGAGGCCGGCAACAGGGAGUGGAAAGAUGGAUUUGAGGACAUUAAAGUCAAGUUCUUUGGAAAUGCAGUGAGUCCAUCUGAAAACAACACAGAGGUGGUCAAACAUACUCUUCCAGAAGUUAGACAGGUCCCGAAAGUCAUUGUCCAGACUCCAACACCAGACGAAUCAAUUCUAUAUAAAGGGACUGACAUUUCCAGUUUCAGCAAUGAGGAGAUUUGUAAAUACAUUGACCGCAGUUUUGCUUUUUGGAAAGAGAGAGAAGCAGAGAUUUUUGAUUUUGAGUAGAUUUCAUUUUGAUAUUAUUGCUGAUUAGUAACAACUUAAGGGCUGGGCACCAAACAAGUCGAUAUAUAUUUAUAAAAGUUUAUACUAAAUGUUU